AUGUGUAGCUGGUUAUGUAAACUUGAAAUAAAAUCCGACAAUAGCAACAGACGCAAAUUCUUGUUAAAGAUUCAAGAGUUCAAAAGCCAAACGUGUCGGGACACAUGGGAUGUGAAUAGAAUUAAUGAAAUGAAAUUUGACAUCGCAAUACAAAAAGAAAAAAAGAAUCGAGCGGAAAAAAUUUGCAUCUUGUCUUGGAUUGUCGCAAUAUAA